AUGGAAGCGGCGCGGAGGUCAGAAGACCCAUCCUCCAUGCCUGCGGUGUUCGACGAGGCUCCCAGUUCAGGCCAAGAAGGCCCACGCCUUGAAGGGCCCCUGGAUUCACUGCAUGCGCAGCCAGCGACUGGUCCUUCUGCGGAUCCAGCGGCGGAGGAAAUGCAGCCGGAAGCAGAGGCUGCGCAGGAGAGCGUGCAGGGGCCACCGGCAUGGCAGGUCCCGAAAGGCAUCCGCGUGAAGGAUGUGUGCGCCCUUGUGGAGGAGAACCGGGCCUGGAUGGAGGAGCCCACCGAGCGGAAGGGCCUGACCGGCCGGAAGAACAUGUACGACGUGUGCGGGAACCUCAUCAUCGUGAAAUGCACGAGCAGCGAGCGUGUCGUCGAGCUCUCGGAAGAGGACGUCGAGCAGAUCACGCGGUCCCUCCGAAAGGAUGCAACCGAGUCGAUCUUCGAAGGAGGCACGCUUCAGUGCCGGGAGGGCGUCCACCUUGGAGGAGUCCCCGUAGAGCACAUGACGAUUCAAGGGAUCCUCUGUGAAGGGGGAGACCUGCGCGUGAAGUACUGGAAGAGCGGCGACGAGCGCCAUGACAUGUGGAUGACCGCGGAGAAGCAUGGGCGGGUGCAGGGUAUGGACGCCAUCCCAGAGAAGCUUCGUGGCUUUAAUCUCGGCGAAGUGAACGCCCGGCGACACAAAGACAGGCUGCGAGCCGCAGGAACGGUUGUCGUGCUCCGCACUGGGGUCGCCUAUGUGGACGUCACCGAACAAGGAAAAUUCGCGCCCCUCGCCGGGUUCGUGUCGCACUAUUGGGGGCAGGAGACGAUCGAGUUCUCCGAAAUCCUGCUGCGGCAUGCCCAGAAGGUCUACCCAGAAGACCCAGGCGAGAUGUGCUACUAUGUCUGCACGUUCUCAAACAACCAGCACAGCGUUGACCUGGGAGGGGACGACCUUGCGCACUCCCCGUUUAACAUGGCCUUGGAGUACAUUGCGUCCUGCUACCGCGCGCGGCAGGAGUCGAUGUACGGCGCUGUGAUGAUGUUUGACAAGGCGUGUGCCCCACUCACGCGCAUCUGGUGCAUCUAUGAAAUCUUCAGAUGCCAUUCCUUGGGCCUUACACUCGACCUGUUCUCCUGCGAGGGCCAGAUCUGCCGCACCAGCGAGUCAGAGCUCAUGAACGAAAUCAUUGAGAGGCUCAGGAACCUGAACCUCCAGGAGGUCGGAAGUUCGGAGCCCCAAGACAAGCUCAACAUCGAAGCUGCCAUCUCCGACCACCCCGGCGGGGCCACGGCAGUGGCAGGAAAGGUCCAGCUCCAGGUCAUGGACCUCGUGACCUUUUCCGGGUGCCUCUCCAUCACUCGGAACGCGUUCACAGGUAAGCAGGUCGAGCCGGAAGAGAUCGAGCUGAAGGAUCUGUCGACCGGGGAGGUGAAGACAUCCAACGCCCUCAUCCAGGCCUGCAUCGAGGGUGGACUGCCGAGGAUCCUUCUUAUCGGGCCGGGCGGCUCGGGGAAGACGGUCUUUGCGAGGGAAGUGGUGAGGAGAGUCGUGGACUGGGCAAGACGGGACGCUGGCAUCAUACCUGUGCGUGUCCCCCUCGCCGAGCUUGCCUUGCACACGAAGGACCUUACCGGAGACCCGCUCCGGCGCUGGGCUGAGCGCGCCUUCGGUGCGGAGAGCCGGGAGCUCUUUCGAGGUGACCGGAAGCUCCUCCUGGUGCUCGACGGCUUCGAUGAGGCCGGUGCAGCGCGCCGGCGGAUCGUCGACUGGCUGCAGGGCUGGCUGGAGGCCCACAGCUGCCGCUAUGUCGGCCUCAUCAUGACCAGCCGUCCGUCAGGCACCGACCAGGUCCUGGAGGCCGACGGGGUCGUCCGCGAUGCGGUGCCCAUCCCGGUCUUUGCCCAGCUGUCCGCGACCUGCUUUGUCACUCGGGACCAGCUGCCCGAAAGGAGCCGCGUCGAGCUGCGAGGCAGCUCUGUUGGCCUGACCACGAGACUGAUGGCCUCAGUUGCACAGGGCUUCCUCCUCCACCGCUUCGUCUUCAAGCGCAGCGAGGUCGACAAUUUGCCAGAGGUUGACCUUCAGCCAGGAACGCACCGAGUGAAAGUCCGGCGGAAGGAUCCCCGCCAGAUCUUCUCUGCAGCGGUGACGCUGCAGGGGCCAGCGGACGCCGCCCGAGUUCGGGGCGGGCUCCUGGAGCAGGCGCUUCGGGACGCCGGCGGCGAGCCCUCGCGCUCCUACAAGGUGGGGGUCGUGUGUGGCGAGCGGCUUAGAAUCCUCAACGAGGACCUCAGUGCUCUCGAUGGUUUGCGCCAAUGUUUCCCGUGCGACGUCUACUUGUGCCAGACGUCGGACUCGGAGCCCAGAGACAUCGAGGAGAAAUCGGAAGACGUCGACGUGACCGUGCAAGCCAUUGGGGAUAGCCAUGUGAUCCUCACAGGCAGCCUGAAAGUUGGCGACGUCCUGGUGUUGAAUGGUGAAAAUAAAGAGAGGAGCUAUAUGCUGUGGCCGCCUCGCAGCUGCUUCAUCCUCACCAUGGACACAGCAGUCACGGAGUGCCCUACAGAGUUGACUCAGAUCACGGCGCAGACAGAGCUCUCCACCGGGCUCGGCUUCCAGCCUCUGGAGCUGCUGCCGCUCACGGAGCUUGCGGCAACGAGGAUCGCAAAGUGUCGGGAGGACGAGCUGCGAACUCUGCCUGGCGAGGUCUGGCAGACCCCGCUGAUGGCAAGCCUGCUGUGCAAGUACCGCGAAGAGCACGAGGAGCUCCCGGCCGCUGGCGCUGUGGCCGAGCUCGAGCUCAUGCGGUUUGCUGUCGAGGCUCUUCUGGCGCAGGCAGCGCAGCGCACCGGCAGCUCGGGGCUGCGUGAAAUGCUGCGCCCCGUCUGCCUGCGAGUGCUCAAGGCAGGACAGCGGCUUCUACGAGAGGCGGACUUCGCGGGCAAGGAGGUGCUGUUCCAGGAAGCCCUGAGAGGGCACCUGAGCUUCUUCGAGCCGGCCGCCGGCCAUGACGCUGUACAGAUCUACCAUCUCCGCAUGCACGAGCUCCUGGCAGCGGAGGCCUGGAGGGACUCGCAGCCCCCUGCCCAGGACCGGCAGGGCUGGAAGAAUGCCUUCGGCGAGGUGCAGGCGCAGCCCAUGCUGCGAGGAGCCCUGUGCUACGUCCUCAUGAUGGCGAUGCCGGAGAUGGCCCAGAUGCCGGAGCUCCAAAUUGAUCUCAGCGAGCUCCAGCAUCCGCUGGCAGCUGCAGAACUGGAGAUCCUUUGCAGAGGACUUCAGACGUGCCUCCAGCCCCGGUCCGAAAAGCUCCUGCUGCACCUCCUGGAAGGUUCCAGCAUCGGCCUGGAGGGAGCCCGGGGCCUGGGCGCGGCGCUGCGGCGCUUCGGCCAGCUCCGGGAGCUGGACCUGGGGUUGAGGGAGGCGGAGGCCGGCCUCGGCGCGGAGGAGGCAGCCGCUCUGGCCGGCGGGCUCGCCCGCCUCCAGGAGCUGACCCAGCUGAAGCUCGGCUUAUACCGAAACGAUCAGCUCGGCGCCGAGGGCUGGCGCUCGCUGGCAGAAGCCCUCGGCGGCCUCCCGAAGCUGGCGGCGCUGGAGCUUGGUCUCGGCCACUGCAAGCUCGGCGCGGAGGAGGCAUCCGCUCUGGCCGGCGGGCUCGCCCGCCUCCAGGAGCUGACCCAGCUGAAGCUCGGCUUAUACCGAAACGAUCAGCUCGGCGCCGAGGGCUGGCGCUCGCUGGCAGAAGCCCUCGGCGGCCUCCCGAAGCUGGCGGCGCUGGAGCUUGGUCUCGGCCACUGCAAGCUCGGCGCCGAGGAGGCAGCCGCUCUGGCCAGCGGGCUCGCCCGCCUGCAGGAGCUGACUCAGCUGAAGCUCGACUUAGGUGGCAACGAGGAGCUCGGCCUCGGUCGCUCGCUGGCAGAAGCCCUCGGCGGCCUCCCGAAGCUGGCGGCGCUGGAGCUUGGUCUCGGCCGCUGCAAGCUCGGCGCGGAGGAUGCAGCCGCUCAGGCAGCAGCUCUGGCCGGCGCGCUCGCCCGCCUGCAGGAGCUGACUCAGCUGAAGCUCGACUUAGGUGGCAACGAUGAGCUCGGCCUGCAAGGCGGCCUCGCGCUCGCGGGGGCUCUCCGGCGGCUCCCGGCGCUGGCCAAACUGGACGCUGACUUCAGAACGCUGUACCCCUGCGAGGGCGUGGAGGAGAAAGCGGAGCUCCGCGCAGCCCUGGAGGCGCUGCCAGUGGCCGAGAAGACGAUCAAAGUCUGA